CACAAAAUACACACCACACACACACACUCCACACACAGACACACUCCACACACACAGACCCACGUGUUGGUCAGGGAGGUUUAUUGAUUGUGCGUCUUCUUUCUAAAGCGUUGCUCAUUGAUUAUAGAUUAUUCGUCGUGGCUCCGCCUCCGACCGUCUGCAGGGCGACAUCAUCGUCACAUCUCUAAUCCACACAUCAUCUCAUAAUCACCUGCAUCGUGUAAUCCUGCAGGUUGGCCGGGGAUUCAUCGAGACUCAGACCGCACAACAACAACACCGGGCGCACAACAACAACAACAACACCAGGGCAACAACAGGAUGUCUCUGAAGGUGAAGCCAGGAGCAGAAGGUCGUCCGUCCCCCGGCAGCUCCGCCCCCCGAGAAGGGAAGGGCGCCGCUGGCCGGGCGCCAGCCGGCCGCUUCAGGAAGAAAGCGCUGCAGCUCAGCCUCUCCAAGAGAUUCUGCUCCAAGGCGCCCUCUGCUCGGGGGAGGGGCUCCCAGGAGGGGGAGGGGCCGGCGGCCGGGCGCCACGCCUCCAGGAGCCCCAGCAGCAGCUACGUCUCCUUCCUCAACAAACUGUUCGGACAGGACAGGGAGCUGAUGCCAGAGGAGUUGGAUGAGCUCCAGGAGGCCUUCAAGGAGUUUGACUACGACGCAGACGGCUUCCUCCACUACAAGGACAUCGCUGGCUGCAUGCGUGCGAUGGGCUACAUGCCCACGGAGAUGGAGCUCAUCGAGAUCAUCCAGCAGAUCAAGAUGAGAUGUGGGUCCUGCCUCCUGAUUGGUUCACACAGCGGGGUUCGUCUCGAUGCGUGUGAGGUGAAGUCUGAGGCUCCAGGGGGCGGUCAUGUGGACUUUGAUGACUUCUGUGAGCUGAUGGGGCCCAGGAUACUCGCUGAGACGGCCCACAUGGUCGGUCUGAAGGAGCUCCGCUGCGCCUUCAGACAGUUCGACUGCGACGGCGAUGGGAAGAUCAGCCUGGAGGAGCUGAAGGAGGCGAUGAAGAGCCUCCUGGGGGAGAAGCUGAAGAAGGGCGAGCUGGAGGAGAUCCUCAGCGACAUCGACCUCAACAAGGACGGCAACAUCGACUUUGAUGGACUGGCCAAACUGGCAAUUUGGAAAAUCCAGGAAAACUGCUGCCAGAGGUUCCGGGCAUUAAUCAUCCCUCGCUCCGUCCCUCCAUGUGAGGCCUGGGAGGAGAGGAGCUCCAUGAAGACGUUUGUUCUGCAGUGA